CACACAUAUAACUUAAGUCUAUCUUUCUCUCUUUAGCUUUAAACCCCAAAGAAAAAAAGAUAAGAGCUUUAAGUUUCUUUACCUUCUCUCAAUGGACUUGUCUGUACUUGAAAGAGUUAAAUGGCUGCAACAGCAACAAAUGGUUUCACCUGAGUUUCUUCAGAUACUUGGCUCAGAUGGGAGAGAAGAGCUCAAAAUGGUUGAGAGUUACUUGGGAAACAGUAAUGAUGAGCUUCAGGGUUUCAGACAUUAUGAAACUAUUGAUGGCUGCAUUUCCAGGACAAGUAGCUUCCAAAUGGAACAAGUGAAGAACAAUGAAGAAAACAGAGUCAUUGCCUUGCAGCACAAGAGAAAAACAGAGGGUAAGACAGAAAAGAGAGGGAAGAAGAAGAUCAAAACAGAGGAUGAAACUGAGUCAAGCAUGAAGGGAAAAUCAAACAUGAGUAACACAGAGACAUCCUCAGAGAUUAAGAAGCAAGAAUACAUCCAUGUGAGAGCUAGAAGAGGUGAAGCCACCGACAGACAUAGCUUAGCAGAAAGGGCAAGGAGAGAAAAGUUAAGCAAGAAGAUGAAAUGUCUUCAAGAUAUUGUUCCUGGAUGCAACAAAGUUACUGGUAAAGCCGGUAUGCUUGAUGAGAUCAUCAACUAUGUCCAAUCUUUGCAACAACAAGUCGAGUUCUUGUCUAUGAAACUCUCUGUCUUAAAUCCAGAGCUUGAGUUUCAUAUCAAUGAAUUAUCCACUAAACAGUUUCAGGCUUGCUUCACAGAUCUUCCAGAAGCUGUCUCGAAGCAGUCAAUGAUGGUGGAUGUCUGUUCUUUUCCAUUACACCAGCAUGGAUCUCUAGAUUACUCUGUCAUAAACUCAAACCAAACCACAACUCUCGGCUCUAAAGAUCAGACAUCUUCAAGCUGGGAAAUUCACUCACAGUGUCUUUACAACAACUUGAGCCUCAAGUAACAAAUUAUGGAUAAGGCUCACUGAAAAGAUGGCAAUUUUUUUUUGUCUUAUCAUUUUCUCUUAUGUUAUAUGAAAUCUGAACCAGAAAUACAGAGGAAACCAAUCCAAAGAUAUUUCAAUCUACAAUACAAGUUGAUAUGUAUUCUAGGGGAUAUGUAUAUGUAGAAGAAAGGGAAAAAACUCUUGUGGUCAUAACAAUUCCUUGUUGUACAUUGUAGUAUAUUAAAUAUCUCCUAAAUUUUAUUUCUCACUCAAUUUUUAUUAUUUAAUGAUUUACAAAUUGCAAACUAUUUUCCUCACAAUACUUUCCCCCUAUCAAAUUACAACUACACUUACAUUAAUGGGUGCCCUUUAGACUGGUAUAAACAUAUACACACCCUAAGUCAACAAAGAGAGAACCACAAAAAAAUGAUAGCUUCUUAAAGAAGUAAAAGUUAAAAAAACAACCUAACAAAACUUAAGCUUUUAUAUUCUUCUUCUUGAGGAUGGAGAAUUUGAUCCCAAAAAGACCAGACUUCUUUGGAGAUGGUGUUGUUAUAACAGGUUCCUGAUGUGUAACUGGAGCCACAACAACUUGUGAAGUGGUUGCAGCAGUUACUUCUUCUUGUGGUGUGGAUGAUUCUUCUUCUUCUACUACUUCUUC